AUGCAAAAACAACAACAACAACAGUUGGAUGCUCUCACUAAGCAGCUAUCUUGUCAGAAGGUUGCUUCUGUAGACACUAAUUAUGUGUGUGCAAUUUGUGGGAAGAGCCAUGCUACAGAUGAUUGUGAUUAUGGGGGAUCUGGCGAACAAGCAGAAGUGAAUGGGGUAUGGUAUGAUCAGAGGAACCAUAAUAACCAGGGGCGAAACUUGUAUGUUCCACCAUGGAAGAAUAAGAAUCAACACCCAGGGUUCAGUUAUAGUUCUAAUCAUCAGUUGAAUCCUCCACUGCAUCCUCCUCCAUCACAUUCUUCACAACAAGGUGAUACCUCUGCAUGGGAGAAAGCUUUUGCCCAGCUAUCAAAGACCACUCAAGAUUAUAUUCAGGGGUCAAAUUCUUUCAGAGAAGAAACUUCUGUAUUCAUGCAAGAGACAAAAACAUCAUUCAGGAACCAAGAAGCAUCCAUCAGGAAUUUGGAAACCCAGAUUGGUCAAUUAUCCAGACAGAUAUCUAAGAGACCACAGGGAAAGUUCCCUGAGGAUACAAUGGUCAAUCCAAAGGAGCAUUGCAAGUCCAUUAUUACAAGAAAAAAAGUUAAGGAAGAUAAGAAAGAAGAUGGGGUAGUUGUGGAAGACAAUUCUUCACCCAAGAAGUUGAUGAAGCGGGAGAAGAAGAAAAUGGCUGACAAGCAAGACCAGCCAGUUAAUCUGUCUCCAUAUGCCAAAGUUCCUUAUCCUCAGAGGUUGAAACAAGAAAUUCAGAAACAACAUUAUGCAAGGAAGUUGAAAGAUGGUGAGACUGUGGCGUUAACGAAGGAGUGUAGUGCCUUGAUUCAAAAGAAACGUCCUCCAAAGUUAAAGGACCUAGGCAGUUUCAGCAUUCUUAUUGCUAUCGGAGAAGUGGAAGUAGGAAAAAAACUUUGUGACUUGGGGGACAGUAUCAAUUUGAUUCCAUUGUCUGUCUUUAGAGCUUUGGGGAUUAACAAAUUGAAAGACACUAAUGUUGUCCUACAUUGA